CAACCACAGCAUCGAUUCGUCACGUUUCUCUGCAUCGUCGGCGAAGCAUAUCGGCGUCUUCUUCCUCCCUUUGAGUUGUUGUGUUUGUAUGCCAUGGACAUUAUUUUGCAUUGAACCCCGCCAAAAGUACCCUCGACGCUUCUUGCUCUUCGCCACCCGCCAGCUGUUUAUCCAACGUCAUAGCCUUGCGUCCUAAUCAAAGUUGGCGCCGCCUGUAUCUUGUGUGCUACGACUCGAUAAGCCACAGCCCGAACCAAUAAAGCUCAUUCGCCAAUAUUACACCCACUAUACUUUGAGUAUUCGCAAUGGAAGCUGCUUCGGCCCGAGCGGCCGCUGCCCGCGACCGCUGGGGCGAGUUUGGCGGAAGAACCCCCUCACAGCUCCAACGAUACAUUCAAUCCGCAUGCAGUCCGGACAAUUACGAACCGAAUCUUGCGCUGAACCUUGAAAUCUCCGACCUCAUCAAUAACAAGAAGGGCAGCGCUCCUCGCGAGGCUGCCACUGCCAUAGUCAACCUGAUCAACCACCGCAACCCGAAUGUUGCCAUGUUGGCUCUCACGCUGCUCGAUAUUUGCGUCAAGAACUGCGGAUACGCCUUCCACCUUCAAAUCAGCACCAAGGAGUUUCUCAACGAGCUUGUCCGACGGUUCCCUGAAAGACCGCCCAUCCGAGCGACCCGCACCCAAGCUAGAAUCUUGGAGUUAAUCGAGGAGUGGCGCCUUACUAUUUGCGAAACCUCCAGAUACAAGGAUGAUCUCGGCUUCAUUCGCGAUAUGCAUAGAUUGCUCAGCUAUAAAGGAUACAUGUUCCCCGAGGUGCGACGCGAGGAUGCGGCUGUCCUCAACCCGAGCGAAAAUCUCAAAUCGGCCGAGGAAAUGGAGGAGGAAGAACGUGAGGCACAGUCCGCCAAGCUCCAAGAGCUCAUCCGUCGCGGCACACCCGGCGACCUUCGUGAAGCCAAUCUGCUCAUGAAGGUUAUGGCAGGUUACGAUACCCGAUCCAAGACAGACUACCGAGCCAAAGCUGCCGAGGAGGUUUCCAAAAUCCAGGCAAAGGCCAGACUGCUUGAGGAGCGUCUGGAGGCCUUCCAGCCUGGUGACAAGAUGCAUGACGGCGACGUCUUCAGCGAGCUUGCCUCUUCGCUUCAAAGCGCUCAACCUAAAAUCCAAAAGAUGUGCGAGGAGGAGUCGGAUGACCACGAGGCUGUGGCCAAGCUCCUCGACAUCAACGACAGUAUACACCGCACCGUUGAGCGCUACAAGUUGAUGAAGAAGGGCGAUAUGGAAGGCGCCGCCAAGGUCGCCUCUGGAGCACCUCGUCCUGCGGCAUCAUCCUCCGCUGCUGGCGAGCUCUCCCUCAUUGACCUAGAUGGCGACUCGAACGGAGCUCCAGGUGCCCAAGCAUCAUCCUCCCAAUCAGCUGGCGGUCUGGAGAACGAUCUCCUCGGCCUCGACCUCGACAACUCGACCUACGGACAGGGCGGUGUCCUCACUCUCGGCUUUGGCGCCAACCAGAAUAUCCCUGGCCCUGCGCUUUUGUCGUCACUCACACAAGAAAACUCCGCCAAGCCUUCUCUCCCUGGCUUCUCCAGCUUUUCCUCCUUCUCUACACCACCGCAGUCAACGACUCCUCAGCCAUCGCAAGCUGCCGUUGCUCCCGCCCCCGCUCCUGCGUCUGAUCCAUUUGCUGCGCUAGGCGCCGCGAUGCCCUCCAAACCCGCCCAACCUCCCAAGGCGGCCGACGACGAUGAAUGGAACUUUAGCUCUGCUCUGCCAGUAGAGAAUGUGGAUCUUCCCCGCGAGCAUAGAGCGAUCGUCAACGAUACAUCUCUCCGCACCGAAUUCCUUGCUAACCGCAACCCCGCCACUCCUGCUGCCAUUGCGUGCUUCUUCCAAUUCACGAAUAACACGGCACAGCCCAUCUCUGAGCUACACUUCCAGCUCGCCGUUACAAAGGGUUAUGAGUUGGUACUACAGCCCCAGACUGGCCGCUCUCUUACACCCAAGCAAUCGCGCGGCGUGUCGCAGAGCGUCCAAGUCUUCUCAGCUACAGACAAGUCUGCCAAGGUUGGUUCGGUGAAGAUCCGAUGGCGAGCUGCCUACAAGGUGGGCGAGGAGCAAAAGAGUGAAAUGGGCGAGAUUCCCGAGUUUAGCAUUGCGUAGAGGGGACAUGAGAAUAGUAUAUGGUAUAUUCUAGAUUGGUGUUAUUUAGUCCGAGUCGACGUUGCGCUCGGAAGCGCAGAAAAAAGUGAGCAAGAUAGGAACAACAAGAGAGACAAUUAGACCUCGUCUACACCCAAAACAAGAAAAAACAAAAAAGAAGUUCUACCCGACGCCACCGACAGAAGAUAAAAAGCAAAGAGAAACACAAAGUUUGUAUCGUACAGUACAAGUAAACGCCGUCCAUGAAUAUGUCACCGAAUUGUCCCCGUACACCAAUUCGUCAAGCAACCAAACAAACAUGAGAAUAGACAAAAGGGAAAAUGCACAACCACGUGCUGCUACUAUACACCAAGUUGGAGAACUGGCGCUGGCGUCACAAAGUUGGCAGCAGGGGUUGAAUCAUGCUCAACCUUGGCAGUGCCCUCGGCCUUCUCGGCCCUCUCUUGGUCUCUAGCGAGACGCUCAGCCUUAGUGAUGCGAGGACGACGGGUGAUUUGUCCGCCACGAGAGCCAGGGCCGCCGCGAGAACCAGGACCACCGCGAGAUCCAGGGCCACCACCACGAGAGCCGGUGCCUCCACGGGUUCCGCGAGUUGUUCCUCGUCCGCCUCUGCUGCCGCGACCACGGCCACGUCGAGGUGGUCCUUCGGAGCUAUUUUUUUUCUUUGUUAGCAUAGAUACUCUGAAUGGAGUAGAAGGAUUUAAUACAUACCCAGGUGGUGGUUUCUCAACCUCGGGGACUAGUGGGCCAGAAUAUACAAAGAAGCCGUCUCGACUGGCAGCAGCCUGCGCCUCCCAUAGAAGCUCGGAAUCAUCGACAAAGUCGUCGUCAACAUCAUACUGGUCCUCUUUGAAGUUUCGCUUCUUCUUCGGCUUAGCUUGCGCAUCCAUGCCGCUGGUGCCUCCGUUUUCAGCAUUGCUGCCUUCACCAUCAGACAUAUCCAGCGACAUUUCGUCGCCAGACUCCCGACCGGCUUCUACCUUCUCGAGGGAGGCAGUGGCGGCGGCAAUACGGGCCUUGCGGUCUCUGUUGGCAGCCUGUCGAGGGUGCAAGGCAUCCCAUCCAAAACGAUCCUCGGCUAGACGCAUAAAGUUGACGUACUUGUUCGUUUCUCCAGCCACAAUAGGAAUGCUGAGCACAAUAGCGGGGAACUGCUGUUCUUCGCCAGGCUUGGCUUUACCAAAAUCCAGAAUAGACCGACCGUCUAGCUCACCAAGAUCCUCCAAGUCCGUCCUGGGUGUCGAAACACCAGUAACUCCUUUGGUGUUCGGUGAGGGUUUGUGGAUCGGUCCGUUUGCGAUGGUAGUAAAGUUGGAUUUAUCAAUAACAGGCUUCUGAAUAGGCUUUUCCUCGGGCUUUGCAACAACCUUCGAAGGGGACUCGGGCACAGCGAGCCUCGACUGGUAUGUGCUGUUACUCGGCGAAGCUUGGGGCUCAAUUAAGCUAGCAAUGGAGGGUGAAUUGUGUGCAGGAGCGCGCGGGGACCCCGUGACGGAUACCGCAUUGGUGGAAGGCGAAUCUCUGUAGCUGCCGCGGAUGGGAUCGUAACUCUGACCACCAGUGCGAACAGGGAUAGAGUUGGAGCUGGACGGCGAUGCUUGAGGUGGUGGGUCGUCAUUGAGAAGAUUUUGCAUUGAGCUUGGAAGUCCAUCACGCUUUGCCAUCUUCGGUGAGGGACGGUGUUCGACGGGGGGGUUCGUCGGGAACCCAGGUUUGGCUGGAGGGUCUGCUGGCCGUUGGACUGGCGUGGACACUUGUGUUGUGUUGGCGUCAGACUCAACGUCGACUUCAUCAGUCGGGGCACCUUUGCGCUUACGCGAAACAGGUGUGACGGCCUCUGCAUCUCGCGACUUCCUCGGUCUUCGAGUUUUGGGAGCCUGGUCAGCGUCGGUCUUGGGCUUCAUAAUUGUGCCGGGUUUGCGGCCGGGCUUCUUCCUCGGCAAGCCAGCAGCAGUCAGCUGGACCCAUUCGCCGUCAAUAAAUUCAUAGCGCUUCUCCUGCUGCCCUCUUGGGCCGUUUGUGGUGACUACUGUUGUUGUCGUCGUCGUCUCUGGCUUGGCCGGAGCACCUGGGGGCUUGUAUUGCUGGAAAGCUGUUUGUCGCGGCCGGCGCUGCUCGCUGCUGACGACAAUCUCGUCCAUUUUUGUGUGUGUAUUAAAUUAUUAUUUCGUCUUUUGUUGCGACAACAUCAACGUCGUAAAUAAUACGGCAGGCAGCUGGCGCUGGUGUUGAUUCGUGUUGGUUGACAAUGGUGGUGAAUUAACGACGUGGUCGUGGGGCGCGAGAAUAGAGUGUGCGCAACGCGACUUAGCGGCUGAGUGUCCAACAGAUUGGGUAAUUGAGCAAAGGGGGGCCAGGCGUCUUAGUUGUAAUACAUUAAGAUCCCAACAAAGACGACAAAAAAAGAGGAAAGGUGGGGAAAAAUUAAUCGAAAAUAAAUGGUCAGUGUUUUUUGUCGUUGAUAAGUGGCCCAAAUGAUACAAGCCUCCUGCCGCUCAAAAGCGUAGAGAUAGGGACUCGAUCGGAUGAAGCAAAAGAGUGCCUUGCAGAAGCGACCGCUCAAAGCGCGUGAUGUGAGUGGUCAGGCUGGCCGAUGAGAAGUGGGGCAGCCGACAGUUGCGAAUAGCUUCACGGUGCGGAGGCCAGCACGACGCGAAAACAGAGCGGCAAUUGGGCGGAAUGCGGUGAUUUGCAGCGGCAGUACGGAAGCGGCAGUGCAAGUUGGAAGCGUUUGAAAACGAGAAAAUGAAGGAGAAAUGACGGAUGCACAAAGCGAUGCAACUUUGGUGAUGAACAAGGCCGGCGCAAGGGUCGAAAAUGAUAAAUGUAAAUCGGAGG